CCCUGAUUCUGGCGUUCAAGGCCUGCUCCCCGCUCCUCGGCGCGCGCCGCCCAAGGCCUGGGCCCAGCUGUGCACCUGACCAUUCAGCUUGGUGCUCAGGCUUCUGGAAUCUUCGCUUUCUCAGCGCACCCCUCUCUGAGCCUGUUGCUUCCCCUCUCAAACGGAAUAGAACUGGAAGAGACGAUGCAUGUAAAGGGCUGGGCCCAAAGGAGGCCGUAAAUAAAUAAGAAUUGUUGCUCUGGCUGUUGUAAUCUGUCCGUUCAUUCCACAAAGAUCCCUGGCAGAGCUAAGCAGAGUGGGAGUUAUCAGAAGGCUCUCAGGUGACAGAGACGUGGCUCCUAAGAGGAGCUCAGCAAAUGCUGUCGGGUGGAGUGUAGAGUUCAAGGCAGGGAGUGGUGGGACAUGAGCUGCCAGAAGUUUGGCCACUCGAGGGAGUUGGGACUUGUCCUUUGAGCAUAAGGAGCCAUGGAAAGGCUUCGACCUGGGAAGAGCCACGUCUGACUCCCUGGUGGUGUGCGAGGUGGACCCAGAGCUGAAGGAAAAGCUGAGGAAAUUCCGCUUUCGUAAAGAGACGGACAAUGCAGCCAUAAUAAUGAAGGUGGACAAAGACCGACAGAUGGUGGUACUGGAGGAAGAAUUUCAGAACAUUUCUCCAGAGGAACUAAAAAUGGAGUUGCCAGAGAGACAGCCCAGGUUCGUGGUUUACAGCUACAAGUAUGUGCACGCAGAUGGCCGAGUGUCCUACCCACUGUGUUUCAUCUUCUCCAGUCCUGUGGGCUGUAAGCCCGAGCAACAGAUGAUGUAUGCAGGGAGUAAAAACAGACUGGUACAGACGGCAGAGCUCACAAAGGUGUUUGAAAUCCGCACCACUGAUGACCUCACCGAGGCCUGGCUCCAAGAGAAGUUGUCUUUCUUUCGUUGACCUCUGAGCUGGGGAUCUGAAUUCCUGAUGUCUGAGUCCCCCAAAGGAACUGGGGACUCAGACACCUAGGACUUGACCAUCCGAGACCCUAAAGAAAUUAAAAUGCAAGAACUUAAAUGAGA